AUGUCCAGCGAGAAGCAGGACCAGGACGCGAUUCUUUCCCGUCCUCCCUCGGAAGGCCAGGGCAAACAUGCAUUCGACAGCGAAAAGCAGGGCGGAUCCGUCGGUAUGACCGAACUCGGCUCGCAGUUGGACUCACAGCAGGCAGAAAAGGUGCAGGGAGUGCUCCAGGACGAAGAGCUCAUCACGCCCGAGGAGGACAAGCGGUUGCUGCGCAAGAUCGACUGGUACCUGCUCCCGCUCAUGAUGUCAAUCUACGGCAUGCAGUUCGCGGACAAGAUCUCGCUCAGCGCCGGCAUCCUCUUCAACCUGGCUGAAGAUACGAGUCUCGCCGACAAUCAAUUCUCCUGGCUCGCGACCAUCUUCUAUCUCGGGUACCUCGUCGCCCAGCCGCUGCUCAACUACUAUAUGCAGCGCGUCAAUGCCGCGCGCUUCCUCUCGAUCCUCAUCGUGGUCUGGGGCGGUGUCGUCAUGUGUCUAGCGGCUUGCCAGAACUUUGCCUCCCUCAUGGCGCUGCGCUUCCUCCUCGGCGCGAUGGAGGGCGGCAUCACACCCGGCUUCAUGCUCAUCGUCGGCAGCUGGUACAAGACCUCGGAGCAGAACAGCAGGCAGAUGAUGUACCUCGCCAUGAACACGGGCUUCUCGCUGUGGACGACCGUCGUCAUUUACUUUUUGGGCAAGCAUUCGGAGCAGCAGGGCGGUCUGAGCGGUUGGCGAACCAUCAACCUCUUCCUCGGCGGCGUCACCAUCUUUGUCGGUCUAAUCGCAUGCGUCUUCUUACGCCUCCCCUCGACCGCGUGGUGGCUCAACGACAGGGAGAAGAAGGCAGCCCAUGCACGUACCAUCAACAACGGUACCGGAGGCGGCGAGACGCAAGCCUGGAAGUUGGAUCAGGUCUGGGACGCCUUCACGGACCCUAACACAUACUUCCUCUUCUUCCUCACGCUCAUCAGCUGCAUCCCCAAUGGCGGCCUGACGACGUUCCAGAGCGUCAUCUUCAGCUCGUUCGGCUUCAGCAACCUCGACAGCAUCAUCUACCAGCUCCCCCUCUACGCCACGUCGUGCCUGAGCAUCUUUUUCUGCAUCGCUGUGAUCCAUUACUUCCCCGGUACACGUUUCUUCUUCAUGAGCGUCACUGUCCUGCCCACCUUGGCCGCCGUGCUCGUGGCCGGGCUGCUGCCCACGGACGCGACGUACAAGUGGAUCAAGUACGGCGUGUAUAUGAUGAGCGUGCUCUUCUCCAUCAACGGCUUCCUCACCUGGGCGUUGAUGCCCAGCAUCAUCGGCGGGCGCACCAAGAAGUCCGUCGUCAGCACUACGACGUUUAUCGGGUACUGCGUUGGCAACAUGAUCGGGCCACAGGCCUUCAGGGACGAAGAGGCGCCGCAGUACACGACCGGCUUGAUCGUCACGGCAGCCAUGCUAGGCCUGACGUUCGUACUCACCCUCGCAUGGCUAGUCUACCUGGUGUGGGCCAACGCCCGCCGUCGCAAGGUGCUGCGAGCCAUGGGCGUCUCGGAAGAAGAGCGGGUGCUCAAGAACAAGAUCAACGGCGAACUCGACAUGACCGACAACAAGAACAUCUACUUCUUGUACACGCACUAG